AGCAGAGGCUUUAAAUAUUCUUAACUUAGCCCUUUUCUUCUGUUUUUUAGGUGAUCAGAGUGACAGGUUUCCUGAAAGGGCUUUACACRGAUUUCGAGUUGAAGUCAGAUAAUGUAAAGGAUAAGGAUUCCAAAAUCAACUUCCUUCAGAAGGCCAUCGAUGCUGUUGUGAUGGUGACAGGAGAGCCGCUGUCAGUGAAACCAGCCCGAGUUGUGGCCGGGCACGAGCCCGAGAAAACCAACGAGUUCCUGCAGGCUAUUGGCAAGUGCUGCUUAAAUAAGCUGUCCAGUGAUGCUGCUGUAAAAAGGAUCUUGGCUGGGGAAAGAGCUGAUCCUAAAGGGAAACCUCCACCCUCUAAACCUCGAGAUAAAGAGAGCAGAGAGCCCAAACCAGAAGAACAAAAGAGCCAUAGGGAUAAAGAGAGCAGGAGAGAUGCUGAAAUUAAAGARAGAAGCCCAAGCAGAGACAGAAAAAAAGGAGAUAGAGAAAAGGAAAGGGACAAACAGAAGAACAAUGAAGAGAGGCACAAAGAACCUGAAAGAGACACCUUGAAGGAAGGGGAAAAACAAGAAAGGGAAAGAAGCAAAAGCAGAGCGGCCAAACAAGGAAGAGAAACGGAAAAAAGCAGAGGAAAAGGAGACGUAGAGCAAGGAGAUGAUAAAGGGCAGGAAAGAGAGAGGAGGCUUGAAGGAGGAAGAGAAAAGGACAGAGUGAAAGGAGAUGGUCUUGGGCAGGAAAGAGAGAAAAGACUUGAAGGAGGAAGAGAAAAGGAAAAAGUGAAAGGAGAUGAUCUCGGGCAGGAAAGAGAGAAAAGACUUAAAGGAGGAAGAGAAAAGGACAGAGUGAAAGGAAGAGACAAAGAUAAGGCCAGGGACAGAGAAGAAGAGAAAGACAGAGAGAGACGAAGAGAUCAGGACAGACAAAAAGAUGGGGAGCUUUUAAAGGACCACGGGAAGGAGCAAGCAGAGAAAAAGCCUGCAGAUUCUGAAGAAUCCACGCUUAGAAAAUCACAGAGGCCAACUAAAGACAGCAAGUGCCAGCCAGAUACUGAGAAUGAAAAUCCUGCAAGGAUAUYGAGGCAGCCUUCAGCAAAAGGAUCGAGGCAUCGCUCCAAGCCCCCAGGAGAAGGUGCUGUGGACACGAGGAAUGCGACCGACAGGAUUUCAGAGGAGCUGCAGGACAAAAAUGAGCAAGAACUUGCAGAAAAACCCAAAGAAGGAGAAGCAGAGAAUGUGACUCCUGAAAAACCUGCAAAUGGGGAAGUGGCUCCUCACAUCCCACCUCAGCCUGCCCAAAGGCGGAUUCCCCGUCCUGGCAGUGCAAGGCCGGCGCCACCGCGGGUCAGACGCCAGGAGAGCGCCGAGCUMGUCCUUCCAGAAAGGAGUGGCAGUGCCAAGCCCGCCCCGCCCGUGAUCCGGGAGCCGCAGCUCUCUGAGGAUGAGGAUGAGCAGUUUGUGGUGGAGGCAGCAGCGCCCCUGCCAGACAUGCCAAAGGAGCCCGAAGUGGAGCUGCUGGAGGAUCAAAAGCACGGUGGGCUGGUGAAAAAAAUCCUGGAAACAAAGAAGGAUUAUGAGGCAUCCCAGAAAUCAUCCCAGACCACAGACAGGGAGAAGCCAGUGGCGUCAGAAACAUCACGAAAAAGGGAGAGGGAGCUGGUGGCCAAAGAGAUGGAGAAGCUGCAGGUGUCCAUCCAGAGCGUGUGCCAGAACGCCCUGACGCUGGGCAGGAUCGUGGAUUACAUCCAGGAGGACAUGGAUGCCAUGAGGAAYGAGCUGCACGCCUGGCGCCGGGAGAACCGGCAGCACGCCGACGAGCUGCAGAGAGAGCAGAGCAUCACAGACAGCGCCGUGGAGCCGCUCAAAGCCGACCUGGCCGAGCUGGAGCAGCUGAUCAAGGACCAGCAGGACAAGAUCUGCGCUGUCAAAGCAAACAUCUUGAGGAACGAAGAGAAAAUCCAGAGGAUGGUGCUGAGCAUCAACCUGUCUUCCAGGAGGUGAAGGAGAGGGGAAGAGAGAGAAAUGAGAGAGCUUUGGGACUCAGUGACAUUGUUACCAAAAAAAAAUCCAAAUAGCAGCGACGCCUUGUUUGGAUGUAAAAUGUUUAUGGACCAGAACCCGGAAAAUUGUAUAAAAAACCCAUUAUUGCAUUGAUUUUUAGAUGUUGAUAUUAUGCAGGAUGAAAUUCUAUUCACUUGAAUGCUCAGGUUGCAGAGCUAUUAAAGGAAUUUGUUUGUUUAA